AUGAUCUCGAAACCAACCCUUCGCAUCGGCAGCGUCUCAUCCACGACGGGUGACAAUCCGCAUGCAAUGGCCCGCAUGGUGCAGCACGGUAACGUCGACGUAAUAAUCGGGGAUUGGCUCUCGGAGAUGAACAUUGCUUGGAAUGCCAUCGUGAAACAGCAGAACCCUGAGCUGGGCUAUGAGAAAGGAUUCCUAGACCAGCUGGAAGAGUGCCUGGACGAUAUUGUCGCGCAGGGGCUCAAAGUGGUCACUAACGCCGGUGCGCUGAACACUCGGUCGCUCGCCCGCGAGGUCCGCAAGCUUUGCAAGUCAAGAGGAUAUGAUGUCCCCGUUGCGGCCGUGCUAGGUGAUGAUGUACCCGAGGUCAUUAGCCAGCUGGGGCAGCACAGGAAUGAUUUCAGGCACCUCGACCAUGAGGAGAAGCAGCUGGACGACUGGGAGCUCAAGCCUGUCUGCGGCGCGGCCUAUAUUGGGUGCCGAGGGAUCGUGGAAGCCCUGCACUCGGGGGCGCAGAUCGUCAUCUGCGGUCGAUGCACGGACGCUUCGCCACUCAUGGGGGUUGCGGCCUGGCGUUUCCAGUGGGCCGAGGAAGACUAUAACGCCCUGGCAGGCGCCUUGGUAGCAGGACAUCUCACCGAGUGCGGGCCGUACGUGACGGGUGCUAACUUUACCGGGUUCAAGGAGAUCCUGGACGACUUGGUGGACCUGACCUUUCCGAUUGCCGAGAUCAACAGUAAGGGGGAGUGUGUUGUGACGACUCUAUCCGUCGGUGGCGGUCGCGUAACGGAAGACACUGUUCGUGCGCAGAUCCUCUACGAGCUCCAGGGCCACCUGUAUCUGAACCCAGAUGUGGUUGCUGACCUGUCGCAAAUCAAAGUCGAAGCGGAGCCCGGCACGCGAGACCGCAUUCGCAUAUCCGGGGUCAAGGGCCUACCACCCCCACCGACGACGAAAGUUAUGUUCACCGCCCCAGGAGGCUACCAGGCCGAAGCAACAUUCUACCUCAACGGCCUCGACAUCGAAGACAAAGUGAAAAUGAUGAGACGCCAGCUCGACCAUAUCUUCAAAGACCAUAAAUUCAGCAAGCUCAGUAUCGAACUAUACGGGACGUCACCCGAGGACCCUGUAAGCCAACAGGCCGGGACGGUCUUCUUUCGCAUCUUCGCGCAAGCUCGACGACUAGAGGACAUCAGUGCUGCCAAGUUCAAGAUCCCGAUCUACGCCCUCCGAAUGCAGGCUUACCCGGGAUACCACAUGAACUUAGAUUUCCGGACCAUGGACCCAAGGCCGUUCAUGGAGAUCUUUCCGGCUCUCAUCCCCCAGGACGCCAUCAAAGUCCAAGUUGAGCUGGAAGACUCUGGUAGGCUGAUCGAUAUCCCUCCUCCCCAGCGCACGGCUGAAUAUCCCCGGAUCCGCCCAUCAUACGAGACGGCCAACCCAGUGGACUUGACGAGCUUCGGGCGGACAAGGAAGGUGCCACUGGGAUCUAUAGUGCACGCUCGAUCAGGCGACAAAGCUGACAAUUCGAACAUCGGCUUCUUUUCUCGCUCCCAGUACGACGAUGAAUACGAAUGGCUCAAGACCUUCUUGACCGUUGAGAGACUCAAGCUCCUCCUUGGGGACGACUGGUACAAUGGUGACACUUCUCGACGUGUAGAACGCGUGGAAUUCACCGUUAUUAAGGCCGUGCACUUUCGAAUACUAGAUAAUCUGUCCGGAGGAAUCGCCUCCUCAGAGCGCAUUGACGGGCUGGGCAAAGGUAUUGGCGAAUUCUUGAGGAGUCGCUUAGUUGAUGUGCCUCUGAAGUUUCUUGACCGCGGUCGCAUAUCAUAG